AUGGACCCUAACGAUGCCACGUUAACCUGUGCCGUGAAUUUGGAGUGGAGCAACCAGCAAGGCACGACCCAGCGUAAGUUCGCCAACAAACAAGCCACGCUCCGGCUCACCCGGAAUGUCCUGAAAGAAAUGUUCCUCGAGGUAACCGCCGACAAGCAAACACCGAUCCAGCUAAAACUGCGCAGUGUUAAUGUACAUUCGAAGUUUAUGGCCGAAGGAAAAGCGAGUAUUAAAUUCAACGACGAAAAGUGCACCAUAUUCCUAUCGAACGCUCCGCCCGGGCUGCUGGUUCAGUUCCUGAAAGUGAUUUUCGUGAAGCUCACGAACUCCAGCAGCGGCGGAGGACCAUCGAAAGCCGCGAUUGGCAAAGAGGAACCGUUAAAGAAAGCACGUGCCCUUAUGGCGGCUGGGAAAUCCCUCAACCAGUACGAUGAAAUUAGCCCAGUAACGACGGCGGAAUUAGUCCGUGCACGCAAGCUGGCCAUCGGCAGGGGUUCCGUCACGACUCCUUCACCACCGCCAAAACGGAAACGACUGUCGGAUGAUGCGUUGAAGGAUGGAACGGAUAGGCCAAUGCCGAAGAAGCUGUACGCACCAUCGCCUCUUGCCAAAGAUAAUGUAGCAGCAGGGAUUGAUGAAAUUAAACUGAAUGAAGAACAGCAGAACAUUUUAACGGUGUGCCAGUCGGGUCGGAGUAUAUUCUUCACCGGAUCUGCUGGAACGGGUAAAAGUUUUCUGCUACGGAAAAUCAUCGCUGCUCUUCCACCCGAUGGUACGGUUGCAACGGCUUCGACCGGAGUUGCCGCUUGUCUGAUAGGAGGCACAACCCUACAUUCGUUCGCUGGCAUCGGUGGUGGCGAUGCGACGCUACAAAAUUGCUACGAAAAGGCAUCCCGACCGAUCACGGCUCAGGCGUGGCGGAAAUGCAAAAGAUUGAUCAUUGAUGAAGUUUCCAUGAUCGAUGCGGACUACUUCGAGAAAAUUGAGGCUGUAGCGCGGUACGUGCGCAAGAACAACAAACCCUUCGGAGGGAUUCAGCUAAUUUUGUGUGGAGAUUUCUUCCAACUUCCCCCAGUAAAUAAGGUUAUGGAUCGAUCGCAGCGUGGCCAAUUCUCACAGGGCGCGGAUGGUGGAGGCCGUGUGCGGUUCUGCUUCGAGUCGAAAGUGUGGCCCGAGUGCAUCCAGAUGUCGUACGAGCUGCGGAUCGUGCACCGGCAGCGGGACCAGGAAUUUGUGUCGAUUCUGAACAGCAUCCGAAUUGGACGCGUGACUGACGAAAUUACCGAACGGCUGCGUAAGACCGCAAGUCAGCGUAUCGAAACGGAGGGAAUCCUUGCAACGCAACUCUGCUCGCAUACCAGCGAAGUGGACGCGAUCAAUCAUGCGAAGCUGGAGAACCUUCGAAGCGAGGAGAAAAUAUACGACGCAAAGGAUAGCGAUCCUUACAGCACGAAGCAGCUUGACCAAUUGGUGCCAGCACCGGCAAAGCUAACGCUUAAAAUCGGCGCUCAGGUGAUGCUGCUGAAAAACUUCAACAUUGCCGAGGGCUUGGUAAAUGGAGCACGUGGCGUUGUGUUGAACUUUGUGCAAGGUUUGCCCCUGGUGAAGUUUAAGCACCGCGAGCUGCUAGUCCGGAGUGAAAAGUGGACCGUUAAGACAGGCGCAGGCAUGGUGAUGACACGCACGCAGCUCCCGUUGAAGUUGGCUUGGGCGUUUUCUAUCCACAAAUCGCAAGGUCUUACGCUCGAUUGCGUGGAACUGUCGCUCUCGAAGGUGUUCGAAGCGGGCCAAGCUUAUGUGGCGCUAAGUCGAGCCCAAAGCCUUGAAAGCAUCCGGGUGCUGGAUUUUGAUCUCAGGCAGGUGUGGGCCAACACGAAGGUGCUUGAAUUCUAUCGAAACCUGCGAAAGCAGAUAGCAAACGAGAAUCUGAUGAUGCCGGUAGCGGUUAAGAGCGCUGGGUCGAAGGAUGCUCGUCUCAAGAAAUCCCUUUCUGCGCUUGGUCUUUCGAAGGCGGUCAUGAACAAACCGUUGAUGACGAUUAAGUGAGCAGUAUAGGCUUGCUCUCGAAUAGUUGCAAUUUCCCUAUGUCAAAUAGUUAUACUUUUCGCUCCCCCGUAACCUUUAGAUUAAAAUGUAUUAACAAUUCUUUUUCAUCGUGUUGC